AUGGAAACGAGCUCUGGAGAUGAGCAAGCUGCUUUAGAAAGACAUUAUUUAAAAAAGGAACUUCUUUCUCUUUUGGUUGAGGACGAAUUGAAGUUUAUUGGCAAUCCUUCAAAUCUCGUUCAUUUAGGUACACCUUUUGUAAAUAAAGGCGAACCUCCCAUUGCUUUUGAGGAAUCUAAAAUACCUAUUUUAAGAUUUAUUUUUAAGAAAUUCGUACUAACAUUUCCUUUCCUUGACCCGGAAAGCCAAACGCAAUUGUGGAAUGUGAGCUUUCGUAAUUUUUUGAGUGUUAUAUAUGAAAAUAGCAUCUCUGUACUACCCGAUGACCCUGAUGCAACUUACAUGCACAGAAUGGAAUUGAAGUUCCACGGCAUGCUUACGCUUCUAAUGAGCCGCGCUAUUUCUUGUAUUCAUGGUGAAAAAAGCAUUAGCCAUGACCAAAUCGAUACAAUGGGUAUAAAAAACCAAUUGUCGCAAACCAGUAUAGAAAACAAAAAGCAGGACUCCUUAAUAGCUUUAGUUGGUGGUGUUCGCGAAUAUUCCUACUCGACAUAUCUGAGAAAUAAGAAAACUUAUGAAUAUAUUCUCAAAGUACAAAAUGAAGAGUCUCUGAUAUAUGUGGCACGGAGAUAUUCUGAUUUCACUAAACUGCACCAUGCUUUAGUGAAAAAGUAUCCUAGUGCAGCUAUUGCGCGUCUACCAGCUAAAGAUUUGCAUGACACACAUCUUCAAGAUGGGUCCCAAUUCUCAACUUUAGGAACUACUCAAACGUCUACUAGUGUUGGUUCUACUCCGGAAAAUCCUGGUCUGGUUUUGCGCCAAGAAAGAAUGAGGAUUGGAUUAAAUUACUACAUAAACCAUAUUCUUAAACAAGAUGAACUAUUAAAUAGUCCUGAAGUUGAAGCAUUUUUAUAUUCUGAUCCUUUUUCACCCAAUGAAAAUGAACAAAAAGACAUACUCCUUCGCCAAGAGCUGGACCUUAUCCGUACCAAAGAAAGAAUGAAAUUUAUAGAAAUCGCUUCUGAACGUGCAAAAUCGCUAGACAUAUAUAUGGAUGAAUUUAAACGAUCUCUUAUGGAGUCCGGAGGUUUAACCAGUUUAUUUAAAGAGUUGAAAGAAAAGGAGAGAAUAAAAGACUUGUCUCCAACAUUACAGCAAACCUUGGAAUGGGUUCGUGUAAACUUAGCCUCUACCAUAUAUGAUGUCUUUAUUGCCAAAGAGAAGUCCGGCGUCACCUUUUCUCAAAUUAAGCGCAUGCAUUCAAUUUUUCCCUACGGAGUAAUAAAAAAUAUCAUGCGUUUUUCAAACCCACUUUCCGUCAUGAAACGUAUUUUAGACACUCUCUUGGCUCAGCCUUUUGGAAUGAAGUCUCUCUUUCAGCGUCUUUUGAGUGUGAGUCUGAACGAUAAUGUUCGUGCCAUACACAAACUGAUUAGCAAAUAUCAAAGUCAAGUAAACAAUGCAGAAGUACUGCAAAAAAUUCAACAACAGGUUGAGAAUCCUUGUAAAGCAGCUCAAGACGUUUUACGGGAAAAUAACCUGUCUCCCCAGGAUUAUCUGCAAUACAUUCUUGUUUCUGACGAGGUACCUCCUAAACUUUCUGAAGAAUCAAUUCGGCAAGUAAUAAUGGAUGGAAGCGCCUGGAAGGAGGCUAUGGGUUCAGAAGGUUAUCCUGAGGAUAAGACGAUCCAAGAUCGAGCCAGAAGGUUUGGAUUUACCUUGAAGCUAAUGCACUUAUAUGCCAAACAGUUCAACAAAAAGCGAUCCAUCUCUUUAAUUUCUGAGGGCUCCACAGGAGAAAUGAUGAAGACGAUUGUAGUAAUUUUUUAUAAACCUUUAAUGAAGGUGUAUAAAGCAGCUAAUGUUUAUACUUCAGUGGGUGAUUUUGAAGCGUUCAUGGAUGAUAUGCUUCGACUUGUAGAAGAGACACAGGAAAAUCUUGAAGUGAACCCAACUACACUAGUUGAACAUUACAUUGAUUUGGUUAAGAGACACGAAGACGCAUUUUAUGAUUUUGUACACCGUGUAUAUUUACAUGACAGUGGAUUGUUUAGCUCUCUUAUGGAAUGGAUCGAAAGUAUUAUUUCAUUCUUGCAUUAUGGUUCAGCUUAUCCAAUAGACAUGGAUAGCAUUAUUACGGGGCUGAGUCCAGAGGAAAUCGAUUUGUUAUCCCAAGAAUUGAAAGAACUGGUAGAGUGGAAUCACAAAAAGAAAAGUUUCUUAUUCCGGAAGAAUACGGCAAAGUAUGCUUCUGGCGAUGAGUCUACUAUUCCUGCCGUAAAUAUGGAUGAGCUUGGACUGGAUGAGGAGAUUUUAGCCGAGCUACGAGGUGAUGGCGAUGAUGAAGAAGAAUACAAUAAUAGUGAUAUAGAGCAUGACGAGGACAGGAUGAAUGAAAGUUUUGAGUAUGAUCCCGUAAUGGAUGAACGUCAACGCCAAAAACGGAAGGCUAAUCGUUUGAUUGACGGCCUUCCAGCCAAGCCGGAGUUUAGAAUUAUUUCGAAAUUACUUCCAACCUUUCGUGAUCAAAUUUAUCCGAUUCUAGCUCGUUUUGCGAAUGAAAGCCCUACCAAAUGA